AUGAAUCUGCGAUACGAUGGACAGGUGGUGGUCGUUACUGGGGCUGGCUCUGGGCUGGGUAAAGCCUAUGCCAAGUUCUUUGCCACCAGAGGCGCCAGUGUGGUCGUGAACGACCUUGGAACGUCUGUAAGAGGCGACGCUCAGGGUUCCAAGACCGCAGAUGUAGUUGGGGAUGGUGGCAAAGCGGUGGCGGAUCACCACUCAUUCGAAGACGGAGCCGCUAUAGUUGAAACGGCAAUUUCAUCCUUCGGUCGUAUCGAUGUUCUCAUCAACAACGCUGGAAUCUUGCGUGAUGUGAGCUUCAAAAACAUGACAGAUGCCGACUGGGACUCGGUUCAGAACAUUCAUAUGAGAGGUGCGUACAAGACGACACAGGCCGCAUGGGUUCAUUUCCGCAAACAAAAGUUUGGCAGAGUCAUUUUGACCUCAUCUGCUGCUGGUCUGUAUGGCAACUUUGGGCAGUGUAACUAUGCUGCGGCCAAGUCCGGCUUGAUCGGCCUCGGCGAGACUCCAGCCAAGGAGGGACUGAAAUACAACAUCUUGACAAAUAUCGUGGCUCCGGUCGCCGCUAGUCGCAUGACAGCCACGGUGAUGCCACCGGAUCUACUUCAGCAUCUUACACCAUACUGCGUAGUGCCGCUGGUUGCACUCCUAACUCACCACAGCAACACAUCCGAGAAUGGUUCCAUUUUCGAGGUCGGUGCAGGACAUGUUUCAAAGAUCCGAUGGGAAAGGUCGAAAGGAUGCAUUCUUAGGUGUGAUGAGACCUUGACUCCUGGCGCUGUUCUUGAGAAAUGGAACGAGAUUGACGACUUUACAAUUCCUGACUAUCCUUCCACCACUGCCAACUUGGAGGAUUUGCGAUUUGAUGGAAGAGUUGCCGUCGUCACUGGUGGAGGCGCUGGACUCGGUAGAGCAUAUUGCAUCGGACUAGCCAAGCUUGGGGCCUCUGUUGUCGUAAAUGAUUGGAAGGAUCCUCACAGAGUUGUGAACGAAAUCAUGUCGUUUGGAGGAGUGGCUGUCCCAGACAAUCACUCGGUAGAAGACGGUGAUGCUGUCAUCGAUACAGCGAUCCGUGCUUUUGGAAGAAUCGACAUAUUGAUCAACAACGCGGGCAUCCUACGAGAUAAAGCGUUCCAGAAUAUGACCGACAAGAUGUGGGACGACGUGAACAAUGUUCAUCUCCGUGCGACCUACAAGUGCGCCCGAGCAGCAUACCCCUUCAUGGUGAAGCAGAAGUACGGCCGAAUUGUGAACACAACGAGUACGAGUGCAACCUACGGGAAUUAUGGACAGGCAAACUAUGCUGCAGCAAACAAUAUUGUAGUGAAUUGCUACUCACCAUCAGCCGGUACCGACCUUACAAAGGGAGUUCUCCCCGAGGAGGUAGUCAGAUCUCGCAAGCCAGAAUAUGUAGCGGCGAUCGUGCUGCUUCUCUCAUCAGAUAAGGUUCCCGGUGACGCUAGAGGCAAGAUAUUCGAGGCUGGCUGUGGCUGGCACGCAGUGACGAGAUAUCAGCGAUCAGAUGGCUACGACUUCCCAGUUGACAGGCCUCUUACGCCGGAACUUGUGCUUGAGAAGUGGAGCGAAAUUGUUUCAUUCACCCCUGGCAAGGCAUCCACACCUACCGAUGCUGGGGAUACUCGCCGGCGUAUCAUGGCAAACGUUGCUAGAUUCGGGAAGGCCUCGCCGGACAACCAGAAGUGGCUCGAUGCUAUCAGAAUGGCAAAGAAAGCGAAGCCUCAGCUGACUGAGAUGAGCUUUACUGACAGAGAUAUCAUUCUGUACAACAUUUCCAUCGGCGCCAGCGUAUCUCAGCUACCCUGGGUAUUCGAAAAGCAUCCUGGCUUCGAGGUCAUCCCUUCUUACGGUGUGAUUCCAGGCACAACCGCAACUAGACCAUUCCAUCUGAAGGAUCUGGUGCCCAACUUCUCAUACAAGAAGCUUUUACAUGGGGAGCACUAUCUUAAGAUCCACAAGUACCCCAUUCCCACUGCGGGGACCUUUGUAUCAGAGAGCAAACUCAUUGACAUUCUGGAUAAGGGUAAAGCUGCGGUAGCUAUUAUAGGCACCACGACUCGUGCGGUUGUUGUAUGGUUUUAUCCUGAUACUCUGGGAAAACCCCUUGAAGAAAUUGGGAGUGUCUUUGGAGAUGCAGAUAUGGUUGCUCUGGUUCCUCAGCGAGAUGGGUCAAAGUCGGACAGCGGAAAUAAUUUUGAGUGA